AUGGCGAAAAGUGUCCGAGCCAGCGUUUCCAAGCGCAACAGAGCCAAUCUGCGCAAGAACCUCUUUGGCCCACUCAACGAUGCCAGAACCGAGAGACUCGCUGCCAAACUACAGGAGAUUGCAUCACAGCCGCGGCCUGAAGCCCCUGCGCAAUCAAAGAAAGACCUAGAGGACGAGGCUGCAGCCAAGGCCAAGGCCGGUGACAGUGAAGAGAUGGAUAUCGACACACUUAAGUCCAAGAAGAAGCCGGCACGUGUACACAAGCGCAACCAAAAGCCUCGCAACUCGAUUGUCUUCAAAAAGCGCCUUUCUACUACAGCCAACAAGGGUACCAAGAGGAAGUGA